GCGGUCCACGCCCAAUCCCCACUCAGUCCCCCAGCACCUAAAGCAGGUUAACUACAGCAGGUACGUCACGCUGCAGCCUGUAGAAAAGCAGCGGCCGUCAGUCCUGAUCUUAAGCCCCGCCCCAAUCCCCGCCUGUCCAAUCACUGCUUAGCAACCGUUACUAUCCGCCAUUAUUUCGGUCAAGCACUCAGGACCUUCUCCAGCGGAGUCACUCAGACAUGGUGAAGCGCUGUGCGUGGGGCUCCUGUAAAAGCGACACCCGCUACCCGAAUAGAGUGCAGGGCGUUGUUUUCUACCCCUUCCCAAAGCCCAAAACUAACCUGCAGAAAUGCCAGCUCUGGAUUCGCCUGUGUGGAAGACCGCACAGCCGGCUGAACAUGGACACCAUCACCAAAAACACAUACGUCUGCUCCAAGCACUUUGUCAAUGGAGCCCCGACUGAUGAGUUUCCCGAUCCGCUGGAUGCACUGGAUGAGAAGGACCUCCCAAAGUCACCUCCAGAGAAAAAGCAGAGGUUUGAAAAGAGUGAAGCCAGAAUAGAGACUGUGGAGAUUAUUCCAUCCAUUAACACAGAUCUGGUUUGUGAAGAUGACCCUCAGCGAGACCUUCAGAAUAAUGUGGACACUGGAACACGACUACAACACAUGGCAGUAAUAUCAACAAUAAAAUCAACAUCUGUAGAGGAUUCCUUGAGGAUGACAGCCUACAUUCAAGCUGAAGAAAUUGAGCAUCUCAAAAAACAGCUGUCUAAUAUGGAGUAUACCAGCGUGACACCUGAAUUAAUCAAUAACAGCAGCAUUGCCAAUUACUUUGAGUUUUGUACUGGGUUCACAUUUGACAUGUUUAAUGCUCUGUGCACUUUUCUUAGAGUCCCUAGUGACUGCACCACUCCACAAACAGUCAAUCCCCUUAUUUACACAAAGGAAACCCGCCAUACCAAAACUGUGCCCCUCCGCAGCCAGUUCUUGCUGGUUUUGAUGAAACUGCGCAACAACUAUGACACAAAGGAUCUUGCAUUUAAGUUCCAGGUUGAUGUGCAGAGUGUCAGCCUAAUUAUCAAUGCUUGGAUCAAUUACUUAUACCUCCGGCUGGGUCAGAUAUCGCUUUGGCCACACAGAGACGUUAUCUCAGCUCAAAUGCCAGACAACUUCAAGAGAGAAUUCCCCACAACAUUUGCUAUUAUGGAUUGUAUAGAAUUGAGACUUGAGAGACCUACGUCACUGCUGCUCCCAAGUCAGACUUUCUCUGAUAGCAAAACCACAAACUCGCUUAAAGGACUUGUUAUAUGUGACCCUCGUGGAUCCAUAUUAUUUGUAUCAACACUUUACACUGGAACCAUAUCAGACAGAGACGUUUUUAGACAGUGUGGCAUCACCACUCAACUUUACCAUCUGAUCGAGACUGGCUACCUAAAUCCAGGUGAUCGUUUGAUGGCAGACAAAGGCUUUCAAAAUCAGAAGGAUGUUGAGGAAAUUGGCCUGAGCCUCAAUAUUCCUCUUUUUGCACAGAGAAAUAGGCAGCUGCCAUUUUUGGGCUUGCAAAAGAAAAAAAUGGCAAAAUACAGAAUGCAUGUUAAGAAAGCGGUUGCAAAAAUAAAAAAGUUCAAAAUUGUGUCAGAAAAAAUUCCUAACUCCAUACUUGGUAACAUUAAUCAGAUCUGGUUUGUGGUCAGCAUGUUGACAAACUUCCAGCCACAUAUUUCUGGUCACUAAAUAGAUGAAUGAAGCAUGUCCCUUUUAUUACUUACCUGGUAACUUAAACUAAACCAUACUCAAUAUGUGGUCCCUGGUUUAGCUAUUUCUGUUUUCCCUGGCUUAAUGACCAUAUAGUAACCAUAUAAACAAAAUUAAGUGAACAUUAGGAGCACCUUAUACGCUCAAUUUUGAGUUGGUGCUCUGUGUACAACAUUUAAAAAAUCUUGAAGGUAUCAAUAGUUUCUUAAAUAUUCUGACUCCGUCAUCUGCCCAUAACAAUGUUAUCCUCGUGAAAGUCACUUAUGACUAAACCCCUGUCCAUUUGUCCCACCUCCAACACAGACUGUGAGUUUAGUUAUCGUCUAUUGUACACCAUUUGGACAUGGAAUUAUUGGGACACGUCACUUUUUCACUGAAUUUUUUGGCUGUAGCCAUGCUACAGGCUAAAUUUACAAUCAUUAGUGAAAGAUUGGUGCUCCUAAAGAGCUCAGUGAACUCCAGUGUGGCACUGUAUUAGUAUGCCACUGUUGCAAUUGGGGAAAUGUCUACCCUUCUAACUAUUUCACCAUGGUGGUAAAGUGGAGUGUUAUAAUUGAUAAGUGGAAACAUGUAGGAGUUAGAGUGAUGUCAUCAAGAUCUGAGACACAUAGUGCAUAAAUAUCAGCAAUGUUCUGCUGACUAAAUAACUGCAGGGAAGCUGUUAAAGCCAAGAAAGCAGUAUUAUAAAAAGAUAAUAGGCCACGUUUGAAAGCAAUUGCUGGUGUAGGGGGGUCACACCAGAUAUUA